ACUUAUCUUUCAUCAAAAAGCAUUGACAAUACUCGAAGAAUAUUAUCAAUCUUCUCAUAUUGAUAUUGCUGUAAGUCUUUAUUGUAUUAGUCAAGUUCUGAUAGGUCAACAAAGUUACAAUAAGGCCCUCGAAAUUUGUCAACGAGCAAUGUCAAUCUAUACAAGAUAUUAUCCAAAAGGUCAUGUAUACAUUACUUCCACUCUUAAUAAGAUUGGUUACAUUAUCUACAUCCAGGGCAAGCAUAAUGAAGCUCGAAACAUUUUUGAACAAACAUUAACAAUGCAAAAAAAGUAUUAUGCAUAUAGUCAUAUCAAUAUGGCUGAUAGUCUUUCUGGAAUAGGACAUGUUCACUAUGGACAAGGAAAAUACCAUGAAGUUAUGAUAUUUUAUAAACAAGCACUGGAAAUUCUACAGAAAUAUUUCUUUCCUGGUCACGAUGAGAUUAUAUGUAUGCUCAAUAAUAUUGGCUAUGUCAAAAAUGAACAAGGAAAUUAUGAUGAAGCUCUUGAUUUUCAUCGACGAGCUUUAGAAAUGCAAGAAAAAUAUUAUCCAUUUUAUUAUGCUAAAAUUGCUAACACUCUUAAUUACAUUUCUGAUGUACUAGUUCGUCAAUCAAAAUAUAAUGAAGCUCUAUGCUAUUGUCAACGAGCGUUAAAGUUACAAGAGAUCUAUUAUCCUUUCGGACAUGCUUCAAUGGCCUCGAGUCUCUCCAGCAUUGGUGACGUCCUAUAUGAGCAAGGAAAGUAUAAUGAAGCUAUUGAUAUUCAGCAGAGAGCACUUGCAAUUACCGAAAAACAUAAUCCUUCUGAUUAUUCUUCUAUUGGUUUUUUUAUGAACAACAUUGGAAUUAUGUUAUGCACACAAGAAAAAUAUGAUGAAGCUCUUGAUUAUCAUCGACGAGCACUUGAAAUACAAGAAAAUUAUUGUUCAUCACGUCAACGUGAAAUUGCAAAUAAUCUCAAUUAUAUUGGAAAUAUUCUACUUGGACAGAAAGAAUAUGAUGAAGCAUUGAAAUAUUAUCAACGUGCAUUCGAAAUACAAGAGAACUAUUAUCCCUGUGGUCAUAUAGAUAUUGUAGUAACCCUCAAUAAUAUUGGUACAACAUUACGUCAACAACAAAAAUUCGAUGAAGCGAUUGAAUAUCAUCAAAAAGCAUUAGAACUUCAAGAGAAAUAUUAUCCAUCGGGUAAUGUUGCCAUAGCUUUUACUAUCAAUCGUAUUGGUCAUGUUCUAUAUGAGGAAAGCAAGUUUGAUGCAGCCAUUGACUAUUAUCGACGAGCACUUUCAAUACAAGAGAAUUUCUAUCCUGAUGGUUACAUCGACACUUCUCAUACUUUUACCUUCAUUGGUAAUAUUCUAUAUGAACUAAGGACGUACGACGAAGCUAUUCAAGCUCAUCAAAAAGCCUUAGCUAUUCGAGAAAAAUAUUAUGAAUUUCCUCAUAUCGAUAUCGCGGAAAGCCUGAGCAAUAUUGGUUAUAUCUUAUAUAGUCAAGAGAAAUAUGAUGAUGCUACUGAAUUCUAUCGACGAUCAUUAGCUAUUCGAAAGAAAUUGAAUCCAUGUAGUAAUUCUAGUAUUGCUGCUAUUCUUAACAAUAUUGGAAAGGCUCUGUAUGAACAACGAAAAUAUGAUGAGUCUCUCGACUUUCAACAACAAGCAUUAGCAGUUCUGAAAAAUGGUAGUCGAUCGAAAUCGACUGAUCCAAAUGACGUGGAUGUUUCAUCAUAUCGUUUACGAUAUUUUAACAGUAUAGAAUGUACUAUGUUAGCUAAUUCAUCACUUGAUUCUCAAUGCGAAGUUCUUAUGAUAGGUAUCGAAAAUCGAACUAACAUUCUCGAGUUCAUUAAUACUAUGCCUAAACUUCGUACAUUGAAUAUUCGUUGUAAAAAUGAUAAAAUGAAUCCAUACGAAUUAUCAGAAAUAAAUGAGGAUUUAAUUGAAUGGUUACGCGAACAUUUAUCGUCUACAUGUGCAUAUUCAAUCAAUCGAAAUUUAUAUAAUAUCUCUCAUAUUAAUAUAUGGAUUGAUAAGGAAAAAUAA